GCGGGGCCGAGCGGAAAAGCGAGCAAUGGCAGAUAACCUGAGGAAACUGGUCUCCAACGAAUCUUUAAGAUCGAUGCAGGACCAGCUAGAGUCCUGGCUGAGGCAGUACAACACGAACUCAUGUGAUCAAAAUCUAAAUCGUUGCCUCGAACUCAUUGAACAAGUCGCCAAAGUGCAGGGACAACUCUUUGGGAUCUUCACUACAGCAGCCCAAGAAGGAGGACAUUAUGAUGGUGUGGAAACAAUCAAAUCACGCCUUUUGCCUUGGCUGGAGGCCUCCUUUACUGCCGCUUCCCUAGGAAAACCUGUCGACAGCAAGGUCCCCUCUCUACAGGACACGUUUGAUAAGGACGGACAUAAAGAGUUUGGCGCUCGGGAUCGGGACAUACAACAAUUAGAUGCUGAUUUGAAUGCAACUCGUAAUCAACUCAACCAGGUUCAAGACGAUAUGGCUGAAACUGAAAAGACUCUUAAAGAAACCAAGAACAGAUCGGCCAUAUCCCUUCUGACUGCAGAGGGGGAAAUAAAUCAGCUAAGAAAGCAGCUUACAUCUCUUCAAGCCCAGGAGGAAUCUCGCCUCAGACACUCAGAGCAUAGGAGCUCAGAGAAGCGGGGCUCCGAGCGUAGGAGAGAGGAGCUGCGGGGCUCGGAGCCCCAGGGCUUGGAGCAGAUGGGCGCGGACAGGUGGAGCGUAGACCAGAGGAAGACAGAAGCGAUAUGCGAUUAUAAGAAACAGCUCCGAACGCUGAAGGACAAGAUAGCUGUUCUGUCCGCUGAAAAAUCUGUACUCCAAGGAAGGUCCGCCAGGAGCCGGUCUCCGAGCCCUGACCCUCGCAGCCGCGGCCGCAGCCGCAGUCACAGCCGCAGCCGCAGACGGUCCACCAGCCUCUCCACCGCGGUCGCGAAGGUCAGGAGCCCGUCUCCGAGUCGCGCCAAACUGUCCAGCGUGGCGCGCAAGGCCGCCCUGCUGUCCCGGUUCAACGACGCCUAUUCCCAGACCCGCCUGGAUGCGCAGUGCCUGCUGCGGCGCUGCAUCCACAAAGCCGAGACGGUGCAGCGGAUCAUCUACAUCGCGGCAGUGGAGGCGUUCCAUGUAGCUAAAACGGCAUUCAGACACUUUAAGAUCCGUGUGAGGAAAUCGCUGACACCGUCUUAUGCAGGGUCAAAUGACUUUGAGGAUGCUGUCUUGGAUUAUAUCAUUUGUCAUCUUGAUCUAUAUGAUUCCCAAAGCAGUGUUAAUGAUGUGAUCCGAGCCAUGAAUGUCAAUCCCAAGAUUUCAUUCCCUCCUGAAGCUGAUUUUUGCCUCCUCAGUAACUUCAUCCAGGAGAUAUGUUGCAUUGCCUUUGCAAUGCAGACUUUAGACCCACCCCUCGACAUUGCAUUUGGGGCCGAUGGAGAAAUUUUUAAUGAUUGCAAGUACCGUCGAAGCUAUGACUCCGAUUUCACGGCUCCCUUGGUCUUCUAUCACGUGUGGCCUGCUCUCAUGGAGAAUGACUGUGUCAUUAUGAAGGGAGAAGCUGUCACCAGGAGAGGGGCUUUUUGGAAUUCAGUGCGAUCUCUAAGUCGAUGUCGAAGCAGGAGUUUAAGUCCCAUCUGCCCUCGUAGCCGUAUUAGUUUAAGCACGAUAUCUCGAAGCCGGAGUCCUUCUCCAAUAAGGUGUGGAUUGCCAAGGUUUUAAAACCACCAGCCAUGUUCCUCUGCCCAGGACGUCUGCCACGGCCAACUUACCCAGUGCCU